AUGUCUCUCCAAGCUCUCACUCAAAAGCGAGGAGGCAAUCGUGGUGCCGUCAAAAAGCUUCUAGCAAAGCUUCAAGGCAUAGUAGACGAUGCUACUCUUGAUCGAGACCUUAAGAUCUACGAACUGGACAAAAAGUUACAAGACCUACAUUCCAAACUCAAGCUUAUCGAAGCGUUGGACCAACAGAUUCAAGACGAAACUGAUGUCAAUGAUUUAGCCGCAGAAAUUGACAACGCUGACAACUUUAACAGUAAUGCGUCCGACGGUCGUGAUCGUGCUGAAUUUGAGCUUCUCAAACUACGCAAGGAGGUAUUGGACGAAGAUGCGGCUGCCACUGCCGGCACUGCAGCAACCAUUGCUGCUGCAACUGCUGCUGCGUUUGCUCCAGCAAUUCUCAAUCCUCCUUCAACUCCAAACCUUUCAACUCCUGCAUUCCAAGCGAGUUCCUCUAACCUUCCUAAGUUCGAUUUGCCAGAAUUUGACGGCAGUGUUCUUCAUUGGCGUGCCUUCUGGGAUGUUUUUGAAUUUGAGGUUCAUAACAAAGCUAGCUAUACUGGAGCCACAAAAUUCAACUUCUUAAACUCUCGACUAAAAGGUCCAGCCAAAGCCGCGCUGUUAGGCCUUACUCCAAACAACGCAAAUUAUCCAAAAGCUGUUGAUAUCUUAAAAGAUCGCUUCGGUCAGGAUAAGAAGAUCAUAGCUGCCCACAUGCGCGCGCUUUACAACAUGACGAGACCUGGAACUGAUCGUGCAAGUUUACGCAUCUUUGCUGACCAGUUGGAAUCGCACAUCAGAGGUUUGGAUGCUCUCGGUAAAACAACCGAUUCGUUUGGUGAUCUCCUUGUCUGCAUCCUCUUGGAUAAGUUCUCGCAGGACCUGCGUCGUAAUUUGGCUCGACAGCAUGGGACUACAGAGUGGACUCUGGAAGAUUUACAGGUUGCGAUAAAACGAGAGCUUGAGAUUUUGGACGAUAGUCCAUCCGAACAGCAUUCCAACAAGAAUUCGACAGUUUUCAAAAAAACAAACGUGCUUUUCGCCGGAGCGUCUCAACCUAUGAAGAAGAAGCAACGCUGCGCCUACUGCACAGGUGAACACUAUGCAACUCAAUGUACUAGUGUCGGGAAAGCAGCAGAGCGACUUAAAGUAGCGAAGGUGAAAAAGCUGUGCUUGAACUGCUUAGACGGAUCCCACACCAGUUUGAAGGAUUGUCCAUCCAAGUAUCGUUGCAAAUACUGCUCCAAGGCUCAUCAUUCUAGUUUGCACCCAGACAACUCCGAGAAUGCUUCCGAGAUCCCAUCCGUGGCCUCCAUGUCAGUUUCUAUCUCCCCGUCCACAACCUUGGCAGCCGCCCUUCAUGAUUCGGACACGUCGGGAUCGUUUUUACAGCCGUACGUCUUUCUCAAAACGGCGGUGGUUGAGGCACUCUUCAAGGGCUUUAAGGAACGUGCUAACAUACUCAUCGAUGAGGGAUCGCAACGCUCCUUCAUUACAUCACGUCUGGCUAAACUGUUGCGCUUAAAGCCAUUGUGGCGUGAAAGUUUGCUGUUGUCCGGUUUUGCCAAGAACCCAACAGGCGUUCAGUACUAUGACGUCACUCAGUUUUUCAUCGUUGGUCUCAACGGCUCCCUAAUCAAGAUCAAAGCUAUCAUUAUUGAACAUCUUGUGAGCCCUCUGGACGAUCCGCAUCGCAAACUGGCAGCUUCUCUUCCUCAUCUCCGUGGACUUCAAUUGGCCCAUCCACCUUCCGAAGCAACAUCUUUCAACAUUGACAUCCUCAUUGGCGCCAAUUUCUAUUGGACACUUGUUAGCGACAAGGUUAUUCGAGGUGCAGGCCCCACAGCCACCGAGUCCAGAAUCGGAUAUCUUCUCUCCGGACCAUUGUCUGCGUCCUCAGUGAACAACGAAGCUUCCGAUUCUGUGUUAGCGCUUCAUGUUUCGGCCAUGGAAAAUUUCGAUCUGUCUAAGUUUUGGUCGGUAGAGGGGCUUGGAAUUCAACCAGAGUUGGAGAGGGACACAACGACUAACAUCUACCAAAGUCAGUGCAUUGAUUUCCGGGGUAGCCAAUAUGCUGCAAAGCUUCCUUGGAAAUCUGAUCAUCCCGACCUCUCUCCAAACCUUCAAGUAUGCCAACGUCGAACCCGAGGAACCAUCAAACGAGCAGCUAAGAAUCCAAAGCUGCUGGCCGUCUACCAAGAGAUCAUCAGUGACCAGUUAGACCGAGGUUUCAUCGAGAGGGUCCCGCCGGGAGAAAUUAACAGUCCGAGAUGUCACUAUAUCCCUCACUUCGCAGUCGAAAAGGAAUCAGCUACCACGCCACUUAGAAUAGUAUAUGACUGUUCCUGUAAAACAGCGACUGGCGUCAGUCUCAAUGAUUGCCUCGAGACCGGCCCACCCCUUCAAAACGACAUGUUGGAAAUUUUAUUACGCUUUCGUGUUCAUCGAAUCGGCCUAUCUGCAGAUAUCGAGAAGGCUUUUCAUAAAAUUCUCCUGCAUGAGUCGGACCGCGACUUCAUCCGUUUCCUGUGGACCAGUAACAUCAACAAUCCCGAUGCAGAGCUAGAUGUCUACCGCUUCAAAGUGAUUCCGUUCGGAGCCAACUGUUCCCCCUUUAUUCUGCUUUCCGUCAUCAAACAUCACUUACAGCUCUUUCCAUCCCCUACAUCAAUCGACAUGGAUCUCAACAUCUAUGUCGACAACCUCAUUUCAGGAUGCGACUCAACGGAGGAAGCACUUGAUUACUAUGCCGUGUCUAAUUCCAUUCUCAACAGAGCUGGUCUCAAUCUUCAAUCCUGGAGCUCCAACGAACAAACCGUCAACGCUCGUGCUGCCGAGGAUGGUGUAGCCGAUCCUUCCACUAGCUCAAAAAUACUUGGUCUAACCUGGGAUCGUCCUACCGACUCACUAUCUCUUCCCGCGUUUCAACUGUCUAGCUUCAGUCACGCUACAACAACAAAGCGCGAUAUUCUCCGAGGCAUCUCUACAGUUUUCGAUCCCAUGGGUUUCUUCUCUCCGCUCACAAUCUCAGUAAAAAUCCUAAACCAAGAACUCUGGAGAGAGAAGUUCGACUGGGAUGACCCACUUCCUCAAAAGUUUCGUGAGCGUUUUAGUAAAAUCGCUGCUGAUAUCGACGCUUAUCAUCCAGUCGUUCCCCGCUGCUAUCUUGGAUGUCGUAACGACCUGCAUGAUUUACAUCUCUUCGUUGACGCAAGUCAGCACGCUUAUGGAGCUGUUGCUUAUUUUUGCAACAUAGAUCGUGCCGCAUUCGUCCUCUCCAAAUCACGAGUCGCCCCACUUUUGAUCGGUAAGAAGCCUCCUACUCUACCUCAACUGGAGCUUAUGGCAGCAUUGAUCGGGUCAACCCUUGCAAACACGAUCGUGAAAGCUUUUAAACCUCUUGGCCUUUCUCUCACCGUCACGAUUUGGUCAGAUAGCCAGAUUGUUCUUUAUUGGCUAGCACAGACAAAUCGCAACAGGUGCCAAUUCGUUGCAAACCGUGUUGAUACCAUUCAAAAGUUAUCUAAGAAUCUUCAAGCUACAUGGCAUUACUGCCCGACCAAGUCCAAUCCGGCUGAUCUACUCACAAGAAGUAUUUCGCUUCGUCAGUUCCAACAAUCAUCCAGUUUGUGGACCCAUGGUCCUUCUUGGCUCUCUUCACCCAAAGACUGGCCUUCGUGGGAAACUGCAUAG